ACUGUCAAACGACGACGACGAAAAGUGACGGAAUUUGCAGUCUCGCAGCAGCAGCAGGCCACUUUUUUUCGUCUCUCGCGAGAUCGUCGCCAAAUUUCGAACGUCGUUCCGUCGUCGUCGUCGCGUUCCGUGGUGGUGGCCACACACAUCCGGUUCCCUUCAAUUGCGUCGCGCGAACAAGUUCCGGGUGCGAUUUCGAAGAAUUGAACCAAGAGGUAAGCGAGAGCGAGGAUUGUGACGGAACGUGGUCCAACGUGUGUGUCGUUCCGGCGAGGAACAACCUUCGCGAGUGUGUUGUGCAAAAGAAAUUUUCGUGAAGAGGGAAUAAGAAGACUCGGAAAAGAGCAGCUGCUGGCCUCUUCUUCUGUUCGAAAAAAGAGAAAAAACCUUGGAAGAAUUGGCCAUCGUCGGACGGACGGAACUGCUUGCGGACGAUUGCGACAGGCGGUUGUGUCCUUGGACGACGACGAAGAAGCACAGCUGCCUUCUGCUGCAACUGGUGGGUGGGGAGGGCUCGUCUCGUGUGUGCGAGUUGUGAAGAGAUUGUGAGAUUGUUUGUUGCAAGAAGAAGAAAGGCCUUCGUCAGCUGAGUUUUUGCAGCCCCCCGUGCAAAAUCAUAACCUCCCGUCACCCCGCGCGAGGAGGCCCCACCACAAUGGCCUCAUCAUCCUCCGCCAUCGCCACCGCCGGUCCCUCUUCCCAGCCAUCGUCCUCCACGUCCUCCUCCUCCUCCGCCGCCGCCACCUCCACAAAAGUGUGCAAGUUCUUCAAGCUCGGCACCUGCAGCUACGGAUCCACCUGCCGCAAUCUGCACACAAACGAUCCCACCACAUCCGAGGCUGAAGGCACCUCCGCCACCGGUUCGUUCCGAAUCGACCCGCUCAAGUGGAUCAACGCGCCCGAGUUUGUGCCCAAGGCCAAGUUCGCUCCACCCCCGCAGGAGGUUCCACCCGGGGAGGAGGACGAGGACAACGGGGACGGGGGGACAUCGAUGGCGGCGCCGGCGCCGAUUUCGUACGCGGCCAUCGUCACCAUGAACAACAAUCACAACGGGCUGGGCAUAAUCGAGCACUGUCCGGACGGCGGCGGGGACGGCGUCGAUUCGUCGCUCUGUCCGUACUACGAGGCCAGCGGGUGCUGUAUGCUGGACGGCUGUCCGUACGAGCACGGCGAACUGUGUGAGCUGUGUGGCAAGUUCUGCCUGAAUCCGGCCGAUCCGGAACAGCGCCGGCAGCACAACGCCGAGUGCAUCAAGCAGCACGAGCUGGACAUGGAGCACUCGUUUGCGAUCCAGCGCUCGAAGGACAAGAUCUGCGGCAUCUGUCUGGAGGUGAUCCUGGAGAAGCCGGGCCGGGAGCAGCGCUUCGGCAUCCUGCCCAACUGCAACCACAUCUUCUGCCUCGAGUGCAUCCGGACGUGGCGCAAGGCGAAGAACUUUGAGAACAAAAUCAAGCGCGGCUGCCCGACCUGUCGCGUCUCGUCCGACUUUGUCUGUCCGAGCAUCGUCUGGGUCGAGGGCUCCGACGACAAGGACAAGCUGAUCGACGACUACAAGAAGGCGUGCAACACGACGCACUGCAAGCACUUCCAGCAGGGCUCCGGCAAGUGUCCGUUCGGGAACAAGUGCUUCUACAAGCACGCCCUGCCAACCGGCCAGCUGGUGGACGUGGGCGGUCCCUCGCGGCAGCAGCAGCAGCAGCCCCAGACGCUGCGCUUCCACCUCCAGGUACGCUUUGUUCUGUUGCGUUUUCUGCGGCCUCAUUAGUCGCUGCUGGUUCAGCGACGAAAUGAACAUUUUUUUUUCUGUUUCUCUGUUUUACGUUUAAACUAACCAACUGAAUUUGACGAAGAAUUCUCGCGAAAAGAAGAACUUUAAAAACGAUUCGUGUUUUAACGAAUGAACUCAACGCUGUGAAUUAGAAAACCUUUUUUUUAACCCCCUUGAUAUUUAUUGUAUUAGUCCCGUGAACUAUCUCGAUCUGACCAUGAAAUAAAAAGACUGACUUUACAAAGAAAAAAAUA